GAAAACAGGGAGCCGGGUUGGUUCGUGCUCUGUCCGUUUUAAGCCUGAGCUCUGUGCUGUCAUUUUUAAAGCCUCCUCUGGGGGCAGCAGAGCGGCCGGCGGGCUCCGAGGAGCUGAAUAAGCCGUAGAAGAAGAAAUAGGAGCGGAUGUAAACAAAGAGGAGCAGCAGGGCCAAAGGACGGACCUCACAUCGUGAUGUCAUGGUGAUGUCAUAGCGAUGUCGUGGGUGAAGCAGCGGUACCGUGACAUCAGCCCUGUGACCCUGCAGGUGGUGGGCGGAGCUGUGAGCUCCAGCCUGUACUGUGCUGAGGUGGAGGGCGUGGGGGCGGGGCUAGUGGAGUCCUUUCUGGUGGAGCUUUAUCGCUGUAAGCUCUGUCAGUUCACCUGUGGCAUCAAAGCCGCCAUUAACAGCCACCUGCUGCUCAGGCACCGCCUCAACACCUAUCCGGACGGGGCAGAGGCGGGGCUCCAGCAGGGAGCGUCACCCUAUCAACUAAAGCAGAGUGACGAAGAUGAGGACUUCCUGCUCUACAACAUGCUGGACAACCUGAGCCCAGCUACCUGUGACAUCAGCAGUGAGGGAGGGCUGCAGGUGGCCCACACCUGUGAGGUCACCACGCUCUUUGAGGAAGAAGAGGAGGAAGAGGAGCAGGAGGAGGACUCCUCCAUCUUCACUCUGAAGGGGGGCUCUUUAUCCUCUCUGGCCGACACCCCCGCCUCCCAGGAGGAGUUGGCGCAGUCCGCCCACCUGAUGACCCUUGGGCUGUGUCGGAUCUCUGCAGUCAGAGCUUCUCCUCUUCCUUCCUCCUCACCGUCCACACAGCUCACACAACCACAUGACAGCAGUGCCAACAACAAAAUGAAGGCUCCGCCCCCCAGCCUGCUGUGUCUGCUCUGCCCGUUGACACUGCCAUCGCGGCGGCUGCUUGAUGUCCAUGUCAGGUCACACCGUGCCAGCGGUGGUUUCGGCUGCGUGCGCUGCAACUGGAUGGCCGACAGCUGGGAGGAGGUGGAGCAUCAUUGGAGGAGCCACUGUGGCCAGAGGAGGAAAAGAAGGAGGGAGCGGGAAGAGAAGAAGAAGAAAACCGCGAUGGCGGUCUGUCACAGGAAGUUCCGAAACAGCACGCUGAGAAGCGCUCCUGAAAAACCACGGAAACGCAAUGGAUGGAGGAGCCAGCUGAUUGGACGUGCAAAGCGGAAGGAGGCGGAGCUUCCUGACAGGCAGACCAGCAGAGCUCGGGCCGCAACACGGCCGGUCACCAUGGAGACCACGAGGAAAACCACAAGGAGGACGAACGGAGACGGCAAGGAGCCGACAGCAGAGAGCGGGAAGCAGACGGGCUUCAGCUGUUCGCUGUGCCACAGGAAGUUCUCCUCUAAACUGACUCUGAGGCGUCACCUGGGCGUUCAUGGGGGAGAGAAACCUUUCACCUGUCCUCACUGCUCCUACAGCAGCCGGCUGAAGGCCUCACUGCUGCAACACCUGAGGACUCACACAGGUGAGAAGCCAUACAGGUGUGCAGAGUGUCCAUAUGCGUCCAUUGAUCGCAGCUCUCUGCUCCGACACUGCAGGACUCACAGCCAGGAGAAACCGUACAGGUGUCAGCACUGUGACUACAGCAGCAUCCAGAAGAAGAGUUUGGACCUCCACGCUCGCCGCCAUCACACCGGUGAGGCAUUCCCAUGUCAACAGUGCGACUACUCGAGCCCGGACCGCCAGCUGCUGCUGAGACAUGUGCGCAGACACCACGCCCCCUCCCAGCAAGCUGUGUUAUCAACAUGAGCUGGUGUGACGGGGCUCGGUGACAUCAUCAGACAUGGUGAUGAUGUCAGAAGUUUUAUUUGUGGACUUUUUUAAUGAAAAUAAAAGCUUAGGAAAAAUCA